AUGGCCCAUCUAACAAAUCGCGUCCAGGCGGACGAUCAGGUGCAGCGGGACGCCGUCACGCGUUUGAACGCGUACGCUUCCCGUGUGAAGGCCAUCAGACACGUCGAGCCCGUUGCGCUGCCGGCGCCUUUCCAAUCGCUCGUCGCGCUGCCGCAGCUCGCGCACGCGCAGUUUGGCUGGAGGGGGUGCGAGCCCGCGCCUCUGUGGGCGGUCUCCAAGGCACUGCGUGACGUCGAUAUCAGCAUAGGCUAUGCGGAGGACCCGGGUAUGCCUGCUAUUGAUGGCUGCUCGACCGUGGUAGGAAGGAGUGACGCCAUGCUCCAAUAUCUCGAGCGAGUAGGCGCAGCGGCGGUUCCCAUCGAGACCCUCCGUCUCCGCGGGGCUGCCUCGGAGCAGCUCGUCCGGCAGGCCCUCUCGUUCGCCUCGCUCACCGCACUGCAGCUCCGCGUCGGGAAGCAGCUCUCGACGCAGGUCCUCCUUACGCUUGCCACGGCCGCUCCGUGCCUCGAGGCGCUCGACAUCGAGGCGCACCACAUUACCGCGGAGUCGAUGUGCGCGUCCGUGUCUUCCGCCUCGGCGCCGUUACUCUUUCCUGCGCUGCGCGACCUCCGAAUCAAUUCCACGCCGGGCCUAUUUGGAAUGAUGCUGCCGCUCAUGCCGCCCAGUGUCCUCCGAAGCGUGCAUUUCGAUGUGUGCGCCCCUGACGGGCCGUCGGCGCUGCUCCCGCUGUUCGGAGCGUUGGUCGCGACGGCCGGGAGCAGUCUGGAGUCGCUCGUGCUGGAGUACUGGCCCGACUUUGAGGAGGAGGAAGGCGAUCCGCGGACAGAGUUCCCCGAUUGGUUCACGCUGGACCUGCUGCGCCCGCUUGCGGGGCUUAUCAGCCUUCGGUAUUUUAGGCUGACGGCGGCUCGGCUGCCCUGCCUGGACGACAAGGACGUGGGCGAGAUCGGCAAGUGGUGGCGCCAGGUCGAGCACCUGGAUCUGGGGACGCGAGAUCAGCGCUCUGAUUGGGGGCCGGGGCUGACGCCGGGGGUGUACGCGUCUCUGGCCAAGAUGUGUCCCAUGCUCAAGUCGCUGGCGCUACCGGUGGACGUGCCUGAGUUUGCGGACGAGGGGCAGCCGUCGGUGGAGGAGAUGCUGGCGCCGUUUGGGCGGAUGCGCAAGGCGGAGGGGUGGGGCAGGGUGCAGCCGCGGCACGGGCUGGAGGAGAUACGGUACGGGGUGUUGCCAGACGCGCCGGGGGCUGUGAAGGCGUUCGAUAUGUUCCUGGUCGCGCUGUUUCCGUCGGUGAAAAGGACCGAGGGGUCGCCCGAGUCGGCGCCGGUGCGUGCAGGGCAAGAUCCGCACCCCGCGGCGGUGGUGCACUAUCUGAAUAUGCUGGUGGAUUGCCGUUGA